AUGAAUUAUUUAAGUUGGAAGCGUAAGAUAUGCAAGCAGGCACAGUUCAAAGAAGAUGAAAAAAUCAGUUUUAUCAGAAGAUCCGAAUGGGGAGCUACAAAACAACGUGAUGAUGUAAAUCCAUUAAAAAUAAAGCCGCCAACUCAUGUCAUCAUUCAUCAUUCAGCUACUGAUACAUGCACUACAAGAGCAGUUUGUCAAGCAAAAAUUCGAGCUUUUCAAAAAUAUCAUAUGAAUGACAAAAAAUGGAAGGAUAUUGGCUACAAUUUCAUUAUAGGUGAAGAUGGAAAUAUUUAUGAAGGCCGAGGUUGGGGAAAAAAUGGUGCGCAUACAAUAGAUUAUAAUAACAGAAGCAUUGGCAUUUGUAUUAUUGGAACUUAUCAAAAUCGAAUUCCAAAUAUUGUUGCAAUAAAAGCCAUAAAGAAUUUAAUUUCGUACGGAGUUACCACUGGUAAUAUCAGUAAUAAUUAUAUUUUAAUUGGCCAUCGGCAAGCAGAUUCAACAUCUUGUCCUGGAGAGAAACUGUAUCAAUUUAUUCAAACCUUACCACAUUGGAUGAACGAUUUAAAUAAAAUAUAA